AUACGCAAGCAAAGUAUCAAUGGCGUUUCAAAGUGGAAAAUUCAUCUUUCUGAAGCUCUUCAUCUUCUCUCUACUUCUUCUUCCCUUGUCACAAAGCAAGGCUACUCGUAUAUAUAAUCGUAUCCCACGAGCUCCUAUUGGACCGAGAAGACCGAUUUGCCCGACUUGUGUGUGUUGUGAGCCACCUCCGCUAGGAAGUUGCUGCAGAUGUUGUGCAUCUCCUAUCGUCACUCAAACUCAUCACAGCUCUCAAGCUCCGUGAAAAAUAUAACAUUCAAAAUCUUGAGUAUACAAAAGAAACAAGAAUAAUAAAGACAGUCUUUAAUA